AGAGAUUACCCUUGCGCUCCUUCCCCUGGAGAAGUUGGUACCGUCCUCGCGGCCCUGCCUCUCCUCCGCCCCCCGCCUGCCUUGCAGCAUCCUGGUCUUUAGUAGAUGGGAUCUGUUUUCUGCUACUCCUCUGCACGUUAAAAAGGUGUGGUGGUUCUGCUUGGGAGCAGGGGAAGGCAAAGCCAUGCUGCGCUCCUUCAGUUACCUCACUGAUCACACCGGCUUCUGCGGCACAAUCAAAAACUCACCGAGUGACUUCGUAGUGACAGAAAUUGAAGUGACUGAGCAUUCACUUAGGGAUACCCAGGCCAAAUCCCUUCAGAAACCCAUGGAAGUGCUGCUAGGACAGAGCAGCCCAGGCCUGUGUGCCCAAAGCUGUGAUGGUGGUGGGACACCCGUGCCUGCAGAUCAGGGGCUACGUUGGGCAGGAGACAGCUGCCCUGCAUCUCCAUGCCAGAACCAGCAUGAGAGCAAAGCUGAACUGAAACCUGGCCUCGAGGAUGCCAGUGUAUUGGAUUCCUUACUAGGCAAAGCCGUAAGUGAGCUGCUUAAUAAAUAUGCUUGUGAUCUGAAGGAUGUGUGGAAGUCGAAAAGUGAUGCCAAUGCUGGCACUAGGGAGUUCUCACUUGGACCUAUACUGGACAAGAAAAAUCGAGCUGAUUUACACAGUGCCAUUAGGCAGAAAUUCCCCUUUCUAGUCACUGUUACAAAAGACAAUGAAAUGAUUGUAAAAGGAAAUGCUGAUUACAGAGAACUUUGUCAGUUCGUGACUGAAAAGGAAACAAGUGAUUUCUUUAAAUUUUUAGAUGCAAAGCUAGAAAAUUCUACAUUUUCUUUUGAGCCUGAUGGAGACAAGGAGCACAGAAAAGUAGUUCACCACUUUAUCAACAGAAAAUUUGGGAAACUUCUAGAAACAAAGUCUUUUACUGUGACAGAUGUCAAUGAUCAGCAAAAUAUGUCAAUAAUGGUACGAUUUCGAGAAAAAGGUUGGUCCAGAAAAAGGCCUGCUGGUGGUUUCCAGGAAAAACAAGAUCUUUAUACAGCUUUCACCCUUCAGAAGGAAAAUCUAGAAACACUAGAAGCAAUCAGCUUUUUGGCCGCUGAACUUGGUGUUCUUCCUUCAGACUUCAGUUACACUGGCAUCAAAGAUAAGAAGGCUAUUACUUAUCAGCCUAUGGUUGUGAAGAAAGUAACUCCUGAGAGGUUGAAAGAAAUUGGAAACAAAAUGGAAAAAAAGGGCAUAAGAAUACACAAUAUACAUUCAGCAUGCCAGCAUCUUAGACUUGGUCAGCUCAAGGGCAAUCACUUUGAUGUAGUUGUGAGAGAUCUCAAACACCACAGUCAUGACUCUUCUGCAGAUUUGAAAAAGAGAAUAUCUGAAGCAAUGGAAAAUGUUGAGACAAAAGGUUUUGUAAAUUACUACGGACCUCAACGAUUUGGACAAGGACAAAAUGUUCAGACAGAUCAAAUAGGAUUGGCUUUACUGAAUGAAGAGAUGGUGAAAGCUGUGAAAUUAUUCUUCACACCUGAGGAUACUGAUGACCCUGUAAACAACGCAAAAAGAUACUUUCUUCAAACUGAAGAUGCAAAGGGUGCACUUGUGAUGCUGCCAGAAUUUAAAGUGAGAGAGAGGAUGUUGCUACGAGCCUUAAAUCGCUAUGGUGUAAAUCAUGAAGGUUGUACCAAAGGAUGGCUCAGUAUUCCCCAUUCCAUGCGCAUAUUCUAUGUCCAUGCUUAUUGCAGUAAAAUUUGGAAUGAAGCAGCAUCAUAUAGACUGAGCAUCUAUGGUUCGAAAGUUGUUGAGGGUGAUCUUGUCUUCUCAGAAGAAACUGAUGAAACCAUUUCCCUAAAUGACAAGGUUCAUGUAGUCACUGCCGCUGAAGAAUCAGCUAAGAAAUACUCUAUAAACCAAGUGGUUCUUCCGAUGGUGGGACAUAGUAUCAAGUAUCCUGGUAAUAAAGUUGGGCAAUGGUACCAUGAAAGGCUUUCUAAGGAUGAGCUGCAGACGUGCAAAUUCAGAGUGUCUCCAUUACAGCUGAAUAUACCUGGAUGCUAUAGACCAAUUUUGAAAAAUGUUCAGAAUCUGUCAUAUUUUUUGGAGGGUAGUGAAAAAGGAAUUGAAAUUGAAGACAACUAUUUGAAUGAAUCAAAAGUCUCCCUUCAUAUAUCAUUUGACCUUGACCCUUCAUGUUAUGCAACAGUCUGUUUGAGAGAAAUAAUGAAAUGUGACUUUUAAGAGUCAAGGCAAUGAAAGAUUGCAGUAAUGUUGUAUAAGGGUGCUAUUUUAUGUAUAAUGCCAAGUAAAUAAAGGAGAAUAACAGAAUCAAGCUAGAAACAGGAAAAAUUCAUAGAUUGAGUCCUAUACUGAAAAAAUACAACCAAACCCCUUUCAGAAAUAUUCCAAACCCUAAAUGCAAACCUUUGGAUGCAUUAGACUACAGCUAUGUGUUAUGCCAGGGAAGUUUAAUGGAACUUAAAGCAGUCAUGGGCUGCGACUAUGAAUUUUGUAUUUGCAUAUCUGACUUGCAAAGUUAAAUCCUGGGAAAAUGUAUACAGAAAACAAAUGUAUCUUUUAUUUCAUAAUAAAUUUUUAAAAUAA